CGUCGCGCGUUACCACCGCACUCUCUCAGCUUGCCGCACAAAACACACUAGUAAAGUUGUGAACUUGAUCGUGACAGAGGGUCAGGGUGUCUACCGGCGUUUGCUCGUCGGAAUAAAACAUGUGGUAUCGGCAGCUCGUCCCCAUUGACGUGAGACUGUUGUGCCAAGUCAGUUUGUGCUAAGUGCAGUGAAAGAAUUUGCAUUGUGUACAUAGGGAUUUCAUUUAAAGUGAGUGAAUACAUUCAUUUAUUGGUGCAUAAUUCGGAAAUUUUCACCAUUUUUGUAAUUAAUUUUAAGAUGGUGCAACAGCAACCAGCGCUGCUAUCUGCGCUAUGGAUACUGCUAACAAUAUUACACCCAACGAGAACACAAAAUAUGAAUCCAGUUUCAUCUUUCAUGAACUUCCUCCAAGAAGGCUCACAUCAACUCGACACCGAGCCGCCUGAUCAAGUCAAUCUUCUUUCAGAGUACGAUUUCAUUAUAGUCGGCGCUGGAACGGCAGGGUGUGUUAUCGCUAAUCGUUUAACUGAAAUACCAGACUGGAAAGUUCUAUUGGUGGAAGCAGGAGUCAACGAGAACUACCUCAUGGACAUCCCUAUACUAGCUAACUAUCUCCAAUUUACGGCAGCGAAUUGGAAGUAUAAAACGAAACCUUCAGAUAAAUAUUGUGCCGGUUUCGAAAACCAACAAUGUAAUUGGCCUCGAGGAAAAGUCGUUGGAGGUUCGAGUGUUAUAAAUUAUAUGAUUUAUACAAGGGGCGCACCACAGGACUAUAACAAUUGGGAAGCAAUGGGUAAUAAGGGAUGGAAUUGGGAUGAGGUAUUACCAUACUUUAAAAAAGUUGAAAACUUUAAUAUACCAGCAUUUGACAAUCCUAAAUAUCACGGACACGAAGGCUUCCUCAAUGUCGAGCAUGCGCCAUUUCGAACAACGAAAGCUAAACAAUGGGUAAAAGGCGCUCAAGAAUUAGGGUUCAAAUACAGUGAUUACAACGGCGCCAAUCCAGGCGGAGUGUCUUUCUUGCAAUUGUCGAUGAAAAAUGGAACCCGUCACAGUUCAAGUAGAGCAUACUUGCAUCCAAUUAAUAAAAGAAAUAAUCUUUACCUGUCAAAAGGUAGCAUGGUGACAAAACUUAUUUUCGAUUCAGAUAAAAAGAGAGUUUUCGGAGUUGAACUCGAAAAACGUGGAAAGCGAUUUAAAAUCCUAGCUAAGAGAGAAGUUAUCGUUUCUGCAGGCGCUAUUAAUUCACCCCAACUUUUGAUGCUUUCUGGUAUAGGGCCAAGAGAUCACUUGGAAUCGCUUAAAAUACCAGUCGUGAAAGACUUGCCUGUUGGAUACAACUUGAUGGACCAUAUUGCUGCCGGGGGAGUACAAUUUAUGGUGAACCAGCAAAACUUUACUUUAUCCACAGAAUAUAUCCUAAACCAUUUAGAAUUAGUAUUCAAAUGGAUGAAAACACACAAAGGACCUUUAUCAAUACCUGGUGGGUGUGAAGCUUUAAUAUUCAUGGACUUAAAAGACAAGUACAACAAAACCUCGUGGCCAGAUCUUGAAUUACUUUUCAUUGGUGGUGGUCUGAACUCUGAUCCAUUACUACCGAGAAACUUUAAUUUUGAUGAAAAAAUAUACGCAGAAACAUAUAGCCCAUUAGGAAAAGAUGAUAUCUUCAUGAUAUUUCCCAUGUUAAUGCGACCAAAAUCGAAGGGAAGAGUACUGUUGCAAAGUAGAAAUCCUAAAGUCCAUCCAACAUUAGUACCAAAUUAUUUUGAAUAUCCAGAGGACUUGCAAAAAAUAGUUGAAGGAAUAAAAGUUGCUAUAGAAAUUUCUAGACAGCCAGCUAUGCGUAAGCUUGGAACAAAAAUGUACGACGUUCCAAUUGAAGAAUGUCUUAAGUACGGUCCUUUUGGUAGUGAUGCUUACUUCGCUUGUCAAGCUCAGAUGUUUACAUUUACUAUAUACCAUCAAAGUGGAACAUGCAAAAUGGGUGUGGAGAGUGAUCCAUCGUCUGUUGUAGAUAACAGAUUACGGGUACAUGGGAUUGAGGGAUUAAGAGUUAUAGAUGCUAGUGUAAUGCCUGAAAUAGUAUCAAGUCAUACGAAUGCUCCAGUAUACAUGAUAGCAGAAAGAGGUUCAGACUUUAUCAAACAGGACUGGGGACGCUACAAAUAAAUUUAAUAAUUAUGAUUAUUAUUAUUUACUUGAUUACUUUUUAAACUGUGAUUUUAAUGUAAUUUUAGUACCUAUGGUUUUGUAUGAGUAGUAAAUUAUGGUAGAAUUAUCGAUGGAAUAGGUAGUAGUACAAUAAGUUGAUAAUUACUAUGUAUAUUCUUCGUGAUAAAUUAUCAAGGUAGAUACCGUUCGUCAACUUAUUUUUAAAGAAAAACGAACGAUGGCGAUGGCAAUAGAGCAAGCAAUAACAAUGAAAUUGUUAUUGGGCAUUUAAUGUAAUUAAAAAUAGCUUUAAUCUCGUUUAAUGUUAUAUGUAUUAUUAGUGAACCUUUGGAGAACAAAGUUUGCUUAGUAUGAAGAUGUAUUUGAAAAAUAUUUAAUGAAAGGAACCUCUAAAAAUCUCAUGCAAUACGACAAAUCCAUUUUUCUUUAUAUAUGGAAUUGUAUCACGUGUAUAAGCAUUUUUUACUACAACGAAAUUGUAGGAUAUCCAUUAUCCACCUCAACAAUGUUUCCAAUGAUUUCGUUGUUAAAAAUUAUUUAAUUUUAAAUACCUAAGCUGUUUCUAAUGUACUUACUACUUUAAAUAUGUAAAUUUUGAUUAUUUUAUGUGAAAACAUGUAUAAAUAUUAUGUAAAGACUGUUUCUUGAUAAUUUAUUUAGAUUUAAUAAAUUUUUAA